CGACUGUGAACCGGUGUUACGACCGGAUCGUUUUUCGAUCUCGCAUCGUCUCUCCGCGUUUGCAUUCGUCUUCGCCCGAUUUCCAUUUAAGGGAAAUAAGCACCCGACGACCCGUUUCAGGGGGGGGUGGGGGGGAAGGAAACCAGUACACGCGCAAAGUAAUUCUCGACGUGUUUCGAAGUUGCUCUCCCGGCGAAGAAAAGACGAGGCUGGAAAGUCUCAUCUUCAACGUUCGUCUCAACGUUUUUCUAUUUCUCUUUGUUGAACGGAGGUAGACGCAUAUACUCCCCCAUCCUUGAAGAAGUUUUACUUACAAUACGGGACGCUAGACUGACGAUAAAGUGCGACAAUCGUCUUCUCUUUCGCGGAUUCGCGACAGUUUCGCUGAAGAUUCCGCUCUGUGCUAAAAGCGGAGCGAGUAACGAGAGACGCGUCUUCCCGCCGCGACGUUUGAAGUUCUAGAACUGUGCGAUGCUGAAGAGUGGAAGUAUAUACAACGGUGAAAUCCAGUGUGACGGUGCAGUUUGUGUCUCGCGCGCGGGCGGCGGAGUCGAGUUACUUCGGCAGUGAAAAACCUGAAAACCGCGAGAUAUCUUGAUACUGUUGAGUUUCAAGGUGGAGGAAAAUAAUAAAAAUGUGCGCAGCCAGUGGACGACCGUGAUAAAUAACACGACGUGAUAAAACGAGCAAAUCGGCGCGAAACUCUGUGUUUAUUUACGCAGAGAAGCAAUUUUUAUAAUCUAUUUUAUACGUCCACGGCAGAGACACGCUCGGCGAAGAAUCGUUCGGGAAAAUGAGCGCAGCCGUAGAAAACGGCGUGGACGCGUCGAAGCCGCGCGGCGGUGGUGUUUUCUCGAGAGCGUUCGCCAAGCGUGCGCAGCCUUUCGAGGAAGCUCUCAAGGCUUUAAAUCAUUUGAACAAAGAGGGCGAGGCGCUUGCACUACAAGAUGAUCUCACAACGCACCCCACCUUGGCCUUGAUGCGGCGCAUCCUCGCAGAUGCACAGGCAAAAUUUCGCGUGAUGGUGGAGGAGAACGCAGCGACCGGCGCACGGCUCGACGGCGAGCUGGAACGCGCUAGGGGCGAGUGCGCCACACUUCGGGGCGAGUUGCGUGAUGUACGCGGCGCCUUGCCGAUCGUACUAAAUAACAACAAUUCCGGGGCGGCGGCCGGCAACGGUAGCGCUAACAGCAACAACAAUUCCGGCACAUCAACCGCCGCUUCUGGCGGCAACAUCAUUCCCGGUCAGGAAGUGGAAGUUCAGCAACAGGCGGAAGAUGGCAAGCGGCUCAGCGCCGGGAGCAGCCCGAUCGAGAAGCGAAGCUCGGCCAGCGAUAAAUCCGCUAGUCCCAUUGACAAGAGAACCAGCCCGGUGGACAAGAAGGACAGGACCAGUCCUAUCGAUCGGCGAGCCAGUCCUAUAGAACGAAGAAAUGGCUCGCCCUGUCGAAGUCCGAGCGAGAAGGCUCGUCGUCCCUGCGCCCCCGCCCUUGAGAAGACGCGGCUGGGAGGUGGAUCCGGGGGCAGCGUGGACUCGCGAUCGGGCAGCGCCAGUCCGGAUCGGGGACCGGCCAACCGGGGCGGCUAUCUUCAUCGCGGCAGCAACGAGCGCUCUAGCGCGGAACGACUGCGGAUAUCGAUUGCUAACCGCGACUCCCUGCGAUCCAGCAAGGAGAUGAACGAUCACGAGCAAAAGGACGCCGAUAAGGAUCUAGUAGACGGGGACGCGCGAGGCGACGAGGACAAUGAACCGCCCGGACCGGCACCGGGCAGCAGACCGUCAUCCCCGGCUAAUUCCCUCGGAAUCGGCGACCCGGUAGUGGCAUCUAGACUGUCCAACAUUCACGGGGGUGGACACGCGGAAUUGGCCAGCGCCAGACGAUUGCGGUUGGAGAACGAAAGAUUGGUGGCCGAAGUCGCCAGGUUGAGGAGAUUGUUGCUGAGCGGCGCGGCGCGCGGCGAAGUCGGCUCCGAGGACGCCGCUAUGGAGGAAGAGGCCCGCUUCGUCGCCCUGGAGAUGGAACUGCAGCAUGCGAAGGAGGCGCUGCAGGCGUUGAAGGCUGAUCGUAAGCGGCUCAAGGCGGAGAAGUUCGAUCUUCUCAAUCAGAUGAAAGCGCUCUACGGCACUCUCGAGGACAAAGAGCGCGAACUUCGCGAUUUUAUACGAAAUUACGAACAGCGGAUGCGGGAGAACGAGGCGACUCUGGGACGUCUUCAGCAGCAAGGAGCCGGCAUACCGUCGGAGGAACGCGAACGGGAGCGAGAGAGGGAACGCUGGAGUCUUUUAAGGGCGGCGAGGGACGAGGCCGAUCGAAGUCUGAGCCUCGCGGCCAGUUUGGCCGACAAAGAGGCCGCCCUCUCGCACGCACACGCGACCAUAAAAGAGCUGCAACGUCAGCUGCCGCCGUUAGGCACCACCGAGCUCGGCGUGUCCGUGGGCAAUGUAGUUGCGGGAGCGGGCGCGGGUGGAUCCUCCGGCGGCCAGGCCGGCGAUCGGGGCAGCUGCAGCGCUGACAGCGGCGUGCGUGGAUCGAGCGAUCGCGAGAGCGGCGGCGCGACCAGCGUCGGCGGAAAUCUCUCGGACUCCACGACGGACGGCACGCCGACAAUUACGGUCGAGGGCAGCGGUCUCGACAUGGACAGCAUCUCCGUGGUAUCCUCCGUAGCACCACCCCACAUAUACCAAUCCGCGACCACACCGAAAGAUUGCAGCCCCACGCUAUCGCCGCUGAACGCAUUCUCAAGGUCCAUGGACAAUUCCUCGCUAUCGCGAUCGGUCGAGCAACUAUCCAGCCCGUUGGAAUCCGAGCCGAGAAGGAACAAGCAGCCGCCACCUGUCGUCGCACCUGCCGCGCAUUCGCGAUCGUCCGCCACUCGCGGCGGCACAUGGGGAUCCAUUUCAAGAGUGUUCGCCCGUUCGCGACAUCGGAAGACAGCAAACAGCUCCAGCGGUGGAGGCGGCGGCAAUGAGGGCUCGGACGGCUUUGAUCCAUAUCGAUCCUGGUCGCCACUCACCGAGGAGGGUUAUGCCGAGAAACUUCGUUUGCUCAGAGAAGCGGCCUCCGUGCCAAUGGAGCGAUGGCGAGCACCGACCGUUUUAGCCUGGUUAGAGGUGGCUCUCGGAAUGCCGCAAUAUGGUCCGCGAUGCGCUGAAAAUGUCAAAUCGGGCAAGGUUCUACUUGAGUUGAGCGACGCCGAAUUGGAAGCCGGUUUGGGCGUAACUCAUCCGCUUCAUCGAAAGAAACUGCGUUUAGCUAUCGAGGAACAUCGUUACCCGAGUCACGUUCGGUAUCCGUGUAUUGCCCAGCUCGGUCACACUUGGGUGAGUUCCGAGUGGUUGCCAGAUCUCGGUCUGGCCCAGUAUUCGGAAAGUUUUGCCACCAAUAUGGUAGACGCGCGCAUGUUGGACCAUCUGAGCAAGAAGGAGCUUGAGAAACUGCUCGGAGUCACGAGAAAGUUUCACCAGGCCAGCAUUGUACACGGUAUUCACCUUCUGCGGAUGCUGAAUUAUGAUCGACAGGCGCUCGCUGUCAGGAGACAUCAAUGCGAACAGAUUGACACGGAUCCUUUGGUCUGGACGAAUCAAAGGUUUAUUCGGUGGGCGAGGAAUAUCGAUCUCGCGGAAUACGCCGAGAAUUUGAAAGAUUCGGGUGUACACGGUGCUCUGGUUGUCUUGGAGACGUCGUUCACCGGCGACACCAUGGCCACCGCUUUGGGCAUACCGCCUGCCAAGCACAUGAUCAGACGACACCUCACCGCCGAAUUAGAUGCGCUCGUUAUGCCAGCAAGAAGUCAGCUGGAGGUGGUCCCGAGGAACAGCAGCGCCGGGGCUGGCCGUCCGAUGAGCACAGCGAGCGCGGGUGGUAGUCUCGGUCGUGGAAGCAGGGCGCUCCAUCUACAGCAUCAUCAGAGCUCGUUGUCGGCGCUUCACAUGACGGCAAAUCACACCGGCACCAUCGACAGACGCAGAUCCAGUCUCAGGGGAUCUCUGAGCAGAGCGUUCGGUCUCCGGCCUAGAAGCGAGAAGGCGUCGCCGUCGUCGUCUUCGGACACCGGCAGUCUCGCCAGUCAGUGCCAAUAUAUGAGCAGCAGCGUGCGCAGCAAUUCCCCGCCACCGCCGCAACUUCCACCGCGGCCGAUGACGACCGGCGGCGGCGGCAAGCGGCACCGUCGCGUGAAGAGCAUCGGCGACAUCGAGUACAUGAGCUCGGCCGCGGUGAGCACUCCCGUCUGACAGGAGGGUAGGCCCCAUCAUUCGGGGCCUUACCGCAGUCUGAGCGAGCGCGGCUACUCUUCCUCCUCGUACUCGUCGUCUCAGUACGGCUCGUAUUCGGGCUACAGCAACGUGCUGACGAAUAGCGAUCAGUACCAGCCGUAUCAGCAACAAUCCGGCGGCAGCAACUACUACCAGCAGCUACAGGGUGGCUAUUAUUCACCGCAGAGCUCGGGACCUCCCUUCCCGGGUGUGCAAAGAUACGGCAGUCUGGCCGAGGAGGCGUGGUCGUGUUCCACCAAGGGAGACACCUCAGCACGCAUCUCGAAGGACAAUCCCAGAACUUAUCUGGCUUAGUCAGUCUACGUAACAAGUCGAAGACUUGUUGAGCGGAUCUUAAUUAUGGCGUUCGAGUACACUAGUUUCAAUAGAGACAAACAUACCUGAAAAAAUGUUUGAAAUCUUCUUUAUGUUUUACCUCCCUCGAAUUUUGUCGCACGUGAAAAUCACGCGAUGCGACGCAAACUGCUUGCGGCGAGAAGAAGAACGAGCGAUUUUAAGGCUUGUCUAAAUGCGCGGUUUUGAAACAUUUAGAUGUAAAAAAAAAAAAAAAAAAAAACAGACAAAACAAUAUAACAGAAGGUGCAUAAAAAAUUUAUAACAUCGCGCGCAAUCUCGGAAGGAUUAGAAUCUCGUCGAGCUUUUGAUGUUUCACGUUCGAAACUAAGAAUGUGAAUCGAGAGUGACCUGAUCGAAUUUUAACAAUUAAGUUGAUAAAAGAAUCGGUGCAAUUCCGAUGCGUAAUAAUUAUUAUACUGUUACAAUGUGAUGUCCGAGUGAUUAAUAAACAAUUCCGACAACUUACACGACAACUAUGAUAGACAAUACGUUAGUUGAAUAGAUGAUGAAAGUACGAAAUAAACAUUUCAGACAUCCACACGAAUUCAGACAGAACAAAAAUCCACAGAAUCUCUCAUUAGACGUGUCUCAUUGGAUGUCCGUAUAGACCCGCGGACGUCUAAUGAAAGUCUAAUGAGUGAUUCUUGAUCUCCGCGUGAGAAUGUACGCGCGAUCAUAUUUUAAAUAAUAAAGUUAUAACACCCAGGAGCAAUUGUACACGUCGAUAUCAGUUGUCUCUUUCCGAGUUAUUCUUGAUCACACAAAGUAACUAUAUCUCGUACAAAUGUUAGGCAGCAUAUCGUGAUGUUAAAAAAAAAAAAAAAAGG